UCUCUCACUCCUCCUCCUCUCUCGUGUUUCUGCUCUCAAGCGUUUAUUUUUAAUUUUCUCCAUGUUGCUGUUUCUCUGUUUCACUUAAACACAUCGGACUGGAAGAACAAACGCGUGUUUUUUGCGCUAAUGUGCACCAACUCAGUGCGUAAUUUCACCCACGCCGUCAUUUUCUCCCUCCUGUCACCGCGGAUGUGCAGCUCCAGGCAGAGGAUAUGUAUCAGGGCAUAAUGACCACCAACCACGGACCGCCUCCUUACGAGCCCGGAUUCCUCCACAACCCCUCGGCGGGCACCUCCCCGGUCUACGUGCCCACCACCCGGGUCGUCACCCCCAUGAUCCCGCCGCUGCCGUACCUCCAGACGCCCGGCGCGUCGCAGCAGAGCAGCCCGGCGUCGAGCCACUCCGCCUGGGCGCAGCCGGGCGCGGACCCGGUGUCCUCCUACAACCACUCCCCGGUGUCUCCGCGCUUCACCUUCUCCGCCAGCACGCCGCUGUCCUCCGGCGUGGCCGCGGCCCGGGAGACGGCGGUGUCCUACAGCAGCCCGCUCAACAUCUCCGCCAACGGGAGGGAGCACUACGGCGCCCGGGGCCUCGGCGGCUCCUACCACAGCCCCUACACGGCCUACGUGAGCCCCAACGUGGGGGGAACGUGGUCGGCGUCCCCCUUCGAUAACCCGGUGCUGCACGGUCUCCAAACCGGAGCUCCUCCUGGCACGACGAGGCACCCAAACAUAGAUCUGUUCGAUGAAUUUGCCGAGGGGCGGGAGUGUGUGAACUGCGGGGCGAUGUCAACCCCCCUCUGGAGGCGAGAUGGUACAGGCCACUACCUGUGCAACGCCUGCGGACUGUACCACAAGAUGAACGGCAUCAACAGACCCCUCAUCAAACCCCAGAGACGGCUGUCGGCCUCCAGGAGGGUGGGUCUGUCCUGCAGCAACUGUCACACCACCACCACCACCCUGUGGAGGCGAAACGCAGAGGGAGAACCGGUCUGCAACGCCUGUGGGCUCUACAUGAAACUCCACGGGGUUCCUCGACCUCUGGCUAUGAAGAAAGAAGGGAUCCAGACCCGCAAACGCAAACCCAAGAACCUCAACAAAUCCCAAACUGAGGUGCAGGGAAAAAUAGAACCAGGACCUUUUCAUGUCGAUGGGACUCCAGGCAGUGAGGGGACUCCAGUUACACCCAGCAGCACUCCCCGAGCCUCCACCGCCACAGAGGAGCCUCGGCAGAUAAAGACAGAACCAGAGAGUCACAGCUUGUACUCACACCACAGCUCUCACACACAGAUUUCAGCCCUACCAGCCUACAUGGCAGCUCAGGGAGGCGCCAUCCCCCUCAAGUUGUCUCCUGGAGGACACAGCAGCUCUUCUGGAUCCAAACCCGAACCCUGGAACAACCUCAUCCUGGCUUAGAAGACCUGAACAUCUUAAAAACAACCUAGCUAUCGACAGUACACCGACUAAACUCUCCAGAGGAUGUUCCUGUAGCAGACUGCUGAUGAUGCCACUGUUUCCUUCUAGUCCGUCAGUGCAGAGAUCUGGGACAGAAAUGUUGAAGCUGCUGCAGAUGAGAAGAGAACCUGCACAGAUCAGAGCAACCAGGGACUGAACCGAGUUGGACAUUUGAAAGCAGGAAUGUGAUUCAGUUCACAAAAAAGGGGACUUUUCUUUGUCAUUUUCACCUUUUCUGCAACAACAAGGCAAAAACUGCUUGACACCAAACGACGACAAACAACAGCAAUGCUCAGACUGUAGCUGUUUUUAUGUGAACAUAUUAAUGGUGCAAAGAAAUGCUGGACAUGCAAAACAUACAAAAACACACACAACUUUCUCUGAAAAGGUUGCACCAUUGAUUUGUUACAGUAAGUCUAUUUUUCAAAGGUCAGUUCACGUGUAUAUGAAAAAUAACAACUAUACAUUUUCACACUUAGCCUUAAUGGUAUCUUUAUGACAAUGCCACCAAAAAGCAAGAACGUUUGUGCUAAAAGCUUUAAAAUAGUUCUGUUUCUCUGUGGGACAACAUAAACUGGCACAUUGUUUGUGGUUGCCGUUGCUACUGAAUUUAUCACAGUUGUAAAAGGGGAAGUGGCUUGUAUUUUUACAUUAUUUAGCAGCAUUGGCAGUCUAAUAGGCCCAUUUUUCUUGCAGGUGAAAAAGUUAUUCCUUUACAGUUCCUUGCUGAAAUGCACUGCGGCUCAUUUUUUUAGUGUCCUGCAAUGGCAAUAAAACAUGUCUGCAGACGACAAAAGGGCCUAUUGCAUUUGCCGACCCCAACCCUAACUCCAACCCCAAUCCUACCCCAACUCUAACCCCAAUUCCAAUCCUAACCCUAACCCUAAACCAACCCCAAACCCAACCUAACCCCAACCCUACCCCUAUCCCCAGUCACUUAUUACACUUUAAUGACAUUUUACAAUUCAUCUGGGCCUUUCAGUUCCUCAAACAUGAUCAGUGCAAUAAGAAUUCGCUCUCUGCUGUCCUGUUGUUCACUUUAACCUUUGUCCUUUAGACUUAAGUAUAAAAAAAAACAUAUGUUGGUAUUGAAAUUUAAUAACAACACAUGACUAAACUACCUACCAGCACUGGGACACAGCUCCCUCUGCUGACACAAGCACAGACAUGCAUACAGUAGAAGUUUCAAUGAAUACUUUAAGGCCUUUAACAAAAAUCUAACUAGUAUUUAUUAUAACGAGCUCAACCCCAUUUCACAUUAUCAUCUAAUUAUUAUCUAUUACGUGAGGGUUGUUUGAUAAUCUGUGCAGUGUGUCCAUGUGGACAAACUGCCACAGAAAUAACAAGCUUAUAUGUUAAAAGUCCACUCCAGUAUAAUUGUGUACUAUACACCAUUUGUGAUAUAUUGUUCGACACAAACUAAUAAAGACAAAGCAUUUUGAUGUAAAUUGUACAAA